CAUGGCGGUGAGCUGAGGACUAUCGUCCCAAAGCCUACACUAGCGCAAGACAUCAAUUACACUGUAGGUGUGUGUUGUAAGUCACAUUGGGAGAAAUUCUGAACAAUGUCCGUGAAAAUGAAACCGAUGGACGGUAUAGAAAUCCGUGUUGUCAGUGUCCGGCCGAACACAAGCCCGUACACUGUCACAGGAAGUAAUCGAUCGUGUACUCGAGUCAAGGUCAUACCUCCUGCUCUUGCGACUCCGAAAACUUUCCUGGGCGUUUCCGGGGACCUAAAACUUGUGAAGAUUCCCCAAAGAAUCUUUUGAAAGACCAAGUUUCUCUUUAGCUAUGGCCGGAAACAGAGCGCCAUCUCUCAUUUUGCAUUAUCAUGAGAAGUCCUCAUCUGACAUAGUCGUCCAGGAAGUCUGUGUACCCCAAAGUGGAUCAGUCAAAUGUACUUAUUACUGCUGCAUAUGCUGGAACGCCGGUAAGAAUGGAUCCGGCUACUGUGGAAUACAGGACCAUCCCGAUGGGAAAUGUUAUAUUUUCUCCAUCUGGGAUCCACAUAAUUCCAGCGAGCCGAUUAAAGCUGUAUACAAAGGCCCUGGAACGUGGGCACAGCGAUUUGAUGGAGAAGGCACAGGUCUGAAGUCGAUGAACUUUGACCUGGGAUGGGAAACUGAUCAAUGGUACACUGCUGUCAUCCGACGUUGGGAUCACGAAGGUCACACUAGGUUUGGAUUCUGGAUUCACGAUCAAACUUCAGAAAAAUGGACUCAUCUAAUUACAAUGGACUUUCCCGAAGCUGGCUAUUUUUUUAACCAUGUCAGUAGUUUCCUUGAAGAUUGGCAUGGAAAUGGCCAUUCCAUUCGAUGCGUGAAGUACAAGAACGGGUUAAAAAGAAAAUGCGAUUUCUCAUGGUGUCGACUUCGUUCAGCAUCCUUCUAUGCAAAUCAAGAGGACGCCUGCAAAAACUACAAUGAUAAUUUUAACGCGUCUGUAAACUCCGAGUGUUACUUUUUACAGAGUGGUUACAUGACUUGUCCAGAGGAAGGGUUGGGCCCGUCCAAAGACCUUUUCUGUGACUGUCAGGAUGGACCCUGUACCGUUUCACCUUCCCAAGCCACUACACAGUUCACCAUCGAAUUACUAACUAGAUCCCAGAUAACUUGGCACGUUCGUCAACGCGAAACCCCGCAGUUCAAAUAUACCGUUAAAGACGGCGACAAAAUAUUGGCUUCAGACGUGGACUCGGAGGCAAGAACGUGCCACGUGGAUUUAUCGCAUGUCUCCAACGUUACACUUGCCCUGGAGGACAUUCUUGGUCGAGAAACCUCUUUAACGAUGGGUUUGACCUCCAAGCCCAAGGGAUGUACGUCGUGAGAAUUUAGGUCCUUGAUGAGGAUAUAAAAGCAGAAAUUGAUUAAUUUGAGCCAGGUAUAUGGAUUUGCACAUUGAAUGAAUUUGCGUAUAUAUUCACACCAAUGAAUCUUUAUACCAUUAGGCCACAUAGUCUGAACUCUGGCUGCAUGUGCCAUCCUGAACAACGGUUAAUCCCAAGAUCACGUUUAUAAUUUACACAACGUGGGUUGACGUGCUACUAAAUGGUGUUUUUGAAGGUUAUAACGCUCCACCGGUGUAGUUCAUCUGCCCCUCCCCUACCUUCCGCCCACUACUUUUUCCUACAUAGUGAAUAUUCUGGCAUACAUUCCCGCAUACGGCCUGUGAAGAAACCAUGUAUACUCGUUAAAAAGAUGUAAAUAUAAUGGGUCACAUGAUUUGAUCCAGAGUAUAUCGUGCACCUUGGCUAUACUACGUUGGACAUACCAAAUCUGUAUAAGUUUUGACAAAAUGUUAGACAAUGUUUUGGAUUAAUAAUGUUUUGGACAGAUAGCCUUGUACCGUAAUCUGUUCUGCUCACACGAAGCACAGUUCAUGUUAAUAUGCAUUUCCGGCCAUAUGUUCUUGUUCUUAUUUCUUUAUAGCUUCUUAUUUCUCCAUAGCAUUUUAGUGGUCACCAAAGAUGGUCAUUUCAUGAUUGGUCCACGCUCGUGGAACGCGUGGUUGAGUUGGAUUUUGCUGAACAUAACGCAUGUGUUGUAGGCCUACCAUCCCAAUUCAAAUGCUUUUGUGUAUGUUUAACACGAGACCACCGGUAACUUCUGUUUAGUGGUAAUACAGUUCAGAAUGUAUGUGUGAAAUUAGUUCAUCAUACAAUUUACUGAGUUUUCAAACAAACCAAAAAACAGAUUCUUCACUUAUACUUAUAUACCCUUUCGUAUGAAUAAACUUU